GUUGUUUGUGCUGAAAACACAUUGAAACGUUGAAAUAACAAAGUAUCCAUUACCAAAAGGAGCUGCCACACGUGCAUGUUUACGCACGGGCCUUCUUGGAUCUCGUCUCUAAAAUGUGCUCCGUUCCUGGCGUUCCCACUCCAGGCUCUGAAGUGUCUGUCGUCGUCACCAGAGUGAACCUGAACCAGAACUGUGGCCUGGUGGAGCUGUGGGCCAGUCUCAACAACGAAAUCAAACACGUAUACGAGCAAAUGCGAGAGGAGAUCCAGAUUCCCACGAGAAACUUCUGUGGCCCGGAAGGCAAAACCGGAGACCUGUGUUUGGUAAAUGUUGAUGAGAAAUGGCACCGGGCUAGAAUUGUGUCCAUACAAGAUCAGAACUAUAAUGUUUUUUUAAUUGAUCAUGGACAGCCGCACGCCACGAUUAGCGCCAAGCUGGCAUGGGGCAGAGACGAGUGCUUCAUCCUCCCACCUGAAAUCGAAUGCUGCGUGCUCGCCAACGUCCUCUCCACCGAAACCACCUGGCCGGAAAGAGCCACUAACUUUCUUAAAUCUCUACCAGGCAAAGAAUUCCAAGGAUUGGUCCAAAAUGCGUUAAUGCCGGAUAGGACGAUUUUGCUGGACCUGCCGAUAAUUUCAAAGCAUCUGUGCAAGGAAGGGGUUGCCAAAAAGAUUCCUGGUGGAGAAUUCAAAAAUUUGGUGUUAAAAUGUCUGAAUUUGCCGAAAGAAAAAACAAAUCAACGAUCACAAAAGAAGCAAAGCUUGAAUGUUAAUAACCAGCUUGAAAACGAAAAUCGCUACUUUUACCCCGAACUUAUGACGAAUACAUUAGAAUCUAUACGCGUGACAGAAGUGAUCGAUCCAGGAAACCUAUUUUGCGAGCUUGCUAUAUAUUCGAAAGCAAUUAAGAUCUUGUCCGAACAACUGAACGAAGAACUCAAAGCGAAACCUCGCACUGACGAUCCCCAACCUCAAACCGCUGGAAUGCCAUGUGCCGUUUUUGGAAUAGAUGGAAAAUGGCGGCGUUCUAUUCUAAAACAACAAAUAACUUCCAAGGAUGCUAUGGUUGAAGUGUUUUUCGUAGAUGAAGGCAAAACUGAACUAGUCCAAGCUACAAAUGUAAAAAAAUUGGAUGUGAAAUUUUUGAGAAUGCCUGUUGCAACUUAUAAUUGCAAGUUAGACGGAGUAAAGAACGAGAAACAAUGGGAGCAAAAAGAAAUCAAUUACUUAAAAUCGUUAAUACUGAACCAAAACAUCAUAGCUAGAUUUGAUAGUCAUAUUUUACCAGAAGAUCAGUACAGUGUUAGUCUCUACACCCCCAGUGCAGCUUGUAUAAAUGACCAGUUUUUGGAAAAGAAGGUAGACGAAAUCCAAAUUGACGCAAGACCACGUACGAUGUUUCUAAGCGAUUACACUCAUGACAGUGCGGACCCAAGCAGUUUGCCGACUUGCUACAGCUCUCCGUUCAGUCCUAUGGAGAUGCCACUUUGCGAUUUGUUAACCGUCGGAGCUUGCAUCAGCGUCAAAAUCUCCUGCGUCGACACUCCGAACAAAUUUUGGUGCCAGACUUCUCAAUGUGACAAAAAGCUGGGUAUUCUAAUGAGCGACUUGCAAGCACAUUACGCAUCUGUUCACCCAAAACCGCUUGUGGAUUCCAUUUGUGUAGCGCGAAAUCCUGACAACAACAUGUGGUACAGGGCCAAAAUCAUCGCAAACCAGCGAUCUCCCGAUGUGGAAGUUCGAUUUAUAGAUUUUGGUCAAACUAAAAAGGUCCCAUUGCGAGAAUUACAUCCGAUAGACCCAACUUUUCUCAGACUUGACGCACAAGCAUUCCAGUGUUCCUUGUUCGACGUUCCACUUGCAGAUAUUAACUACGCAAACGAAGAAUUUCACAAGUUCGUAGAUUCAGAUUUGGCUCAAAACGGCGGGCUAACUUGCGUCAUAAAAGCAGUUGAGUCCGAUGAAGAAGGCAUGCUGCUAAACGUGGUUGAUCUGAAAACUCCAUCUGAAAGUUUGUCUCAAGUUCUAGCUGAAAAACUCGCGGCAAGACCUGAACUUUUGAACCAUUCAGACCACAAAAUCAAAGUGAAUUCAAAAGAAAAGCUCUACAUAAGCUAUUCCGAGACGGUCCAUAACUUCUACGGUCAACUUGAAAAAAAUUCACAACUGUUCCAGCAACUACAGAAUGAUAUUGAAAAACUAGUGGCCAAUUACUCAUUUGCUCUUGAUGACCUCUGCAUAGCGAGAUACAAAGAUUCUAAAUGGCAAAGAGGACAAGUUGUAGAAACAUCUCCAGAUUUAAAAGUGCAUUUUGUUGAUUUUGGUGAAACGCGCCUUGUAAACAAAUCAGAUAUUCGCCCAUUUCCACGUGAAGCAAGUGCAGCAAAGACUAUUCCUGUUUUGGCUGUUCCUCUUGGGUUGUUCAACAUCCCAGAAGAGAUCCCUCAAGAAAUCAAUGCAUGGUUUGUUGAAAAAGUUGACGGUCAAAGUUUAACAAUGUCUGUGUUGGGAAAAGGACCAAAUGGGAAGCUCAUGGUUGAGUUAUUUGAUGGUUUGAAAAGUUUGAAUGUGCAAGUGAGAGAUAAAAUUGUGAAUUUUGCAAAAGCUGAGCAAGAAGAGAAAAUGGAUGUGUCCAGUGGGGCAGUGAUGAAACAAAAUAACCAACAAAAAUCACCAACAACGCAAAGUGAACAGUUAAAUAUUAAGGAUAAACCCACGUCACCGUCUCAAAAUGCUCAUUGCAACUCUACAGCUAAGGAAACAGAUGCCAGUAUUCAACCUACAAGUGCCAUGGAAAACAAUAAUCAAGGAAAUACUAAAUCGACACCAAAUCAAACCGCAACCUCAAGUAAAAGUCUCACUUACAAAAAGCCAAUUAUAUAUUUUAACAAGACCGAAGUGCUGCAUGCCUCCUGUAUUUCAAGUCCAGAUUACUUUUGGUGUCAACGCAGCAACACUGAUGAGUUGGACAAAGUGACUGAACUUGCUCAAAAUGAAGGACAAGCUCCACAAGAUCCUUGUUUCCCACAGUCGCUCCGUGUUGGAAGCCCAUGUUUGGCUUUGUAUAGAAGUGACAAACAGUGGUAUCGGGCACAAGUCGUAGAAAAACAUAUAAACAAAUUUUCUGUUGUAUUUAUCGACUACGGAAACGAAGAAGAGAUUGAUUACAAAAACGUGCGGCCGAUAUCUACCAAUUUGCUUGAGAUUUCGCCGCAAGCCUUUUUGUGCACGUUGUACGGAAUUGUCCACGAUGAAGAGCUGUGGCUUGAUUCACUUUACGACGAAUUCUACGAACUUCUCACAAAUAAACCGCUGAACGUAAAGGUGCUAGACAUGACGCAGAAUAUGGACGUCAAUGUGCCGCAGUACAUGGUCCACAUAGACAACGCUGACGUGGAUAAACUGUUAAACGAUUAUGUCAUUGGACCAUCAAUCCCACCGAAAGAGAUCUGCGAGCUGUCUCAGGAUUAUUUCACUCAUUUCUACUGUGAGCCAAAGAGUCUAGUCGAUAAAAAAGUAGAAGCAAUCGUGACUUCCAGUUCUGGACCUGGGCGCUUUUGGUGUCAGUAUAGUGAUUCAGAAAAGCUGAUUGAAAUCACUAAACUUAUUCCAAAAGGUAGUUUGGACGAAAUCAAAUCAUUCUCUGAUAGGGUUUCUCCAGGAAGUCCGUGCCUUGUUUUAUCUGACAACGAAUGGAAAAGAGCACAAGUUAUUAAAAGAAUAGUGGGCAGUGUAGAAGUAGCUCUCGUCGACUACGGCUGUGAACACGAGCUCUAUUGCCAAGACACAAGACCGAUUCCACUUAGUCUGAGGAUGAUUCAACCUCAGGCGUUUUUAUGUCGUAUGGAACAUUUUGACGAGAAUGCACUUUGGAAUGACAAGCUUAAUGAUCAGUUUCACAAAGCGAUGGCGGACAAGGUUUUAGAACUAACUAUUGUAUCCGUAGCGUUCGAUGAAGAUGUUAAAAUCCCACUAUAUACUGUUGAACUUGGUGCUAGUUCUUUGGAGAAAGUGAAAAAAGUAUUCUACAAGCUAAGUGUGCCUGAAACUACUGCACAAAAUUCUCUGACGACUACGACAACUGUUCCCAUUGUCCAGAACACAUUCAGAAGCCCUAAACUUGAAAAAAACACAACAGUGGCUGCGUAUGCUUUAACUAUAUCGGGACCAGGCUACUUUUGGUGCCAGUUUUCCGACCGCGUACAACUAAACAAAAUAGAAAAAAUGGUAAAAGAUAAAGCGAGAAUGCUAAAACGAGAUCGGAAUUUCGGACAUACUCUGGUCCCCGGCGACGCAUGUAUAGGAUUGUCCCCAGAAGGUAGUUAUUAUCGCGCUCAGAUUCUUCGCAAAAUGGAAAAUAAGUUCACAGCUUUGUUUAUCGACUACGGAAGAGAAGGCGAUGUUAUGAUCGGGAAUGCCCGCCCGAUUUCUCAAAGCUUGCUCCAAAUUCGUCCCCGCGCGUUUCUUUGCUGUUUAAACGGAUUUGACUAUUCGAAAGGAAGCUGGGAUGAUGCUGUGUUCGAUUAUUUUAACAAUUUCUUAACAGGCAAGCUUCUCAAAGUGACCCCAGUUCGCAAACUUAUACACAAAGAUGAAAAAUUGUCCCAGUUUGUUGUUGAUAUAGAAUGUGGAACUGAGUCAGUAAAGGAGGUGAUGCAGAAGUAUUGGAAAGCGACAAACAUGGACAAUGUUUCAACCGAACUAGACAAAAAUCGGCAAGCUGACUCAAACCCCAUUAAGAAAAUGGCGUAUAAGAACCCCAAAGUAACCCUGAACAAAACUGAGCUAGUCUACGCUUCCUGUAUAGGAGAUCCACAUUUUUUCUGGUGUCAGUUCGUCACUUGGGCCGAUUCCGAUAUUAAAAAAAUGGCGCAGGAAGCAGGACUGUCCCAACCGCCCCCCACAACUUUGAGUAAAGGAGACUCCUGCUUGGCCUUGUUUUCAGAUGAUAACCACUGGUACAGAGCAUUGAUCAGUGAGAAAAAACGCGAAAAGAUCAAUGUCAUUUUCAUCGAUUACGGAAACGAAAGCGACAACAUGACGAUCAAAGAUACAAGAAUCCUGCCGCAAAAUCUGCUUGAUGAACCUCCGCAGGCCUUUCUGUGCACACUGUACGGGUUUGACCAGUCACAGGGAACGUGGGACGAUGACGUGUACGACGAUUUUUACAACACGAUUCUGAGCCAACGCCUGAAAGUGAAGAUUAUGAGCGUGACGGAAAACGCAGACCUGGAGAUACCUCAGUACGCAGUGAUGAUCGAGAUGGAAGGAGGAACCAGUGUGAAUAAGCUAAUGGAGAAGUACUGGACAAGAUCGACUGGACCCCAAAAGCCAACGGAGCAGGAAGCUGCCAGGACUUCUAAUCGCCCAUUACUAUGAUGUACAGAUGUGGGGACUUCUACAAAAUGGUUGGAAAACACCACAACACCAGAAGAUGCGGCUCAAACCUUUAUUUUUGUUUCACAGUAAUUCAUUUCACAUGCACUUGUUGUCUGUUCUUUGCAGGAAACCACAUUAUUAGUUCUAGUUUAAACGUCACACUAAAUUUCUCUUGCUGCUAAUCACACC